UAAUUAAGCCAUACAUACCAACAAUAAUUAAAGCCAAUGGAUUAUUACUACACAAUUUUGUUGAUUGUACUUCCUUUUCUUUGGGUUUUAUUGUAUGUUUUCAACCUCAAUUCAACUCCCACCACAAAUAAAAAUGCUAGGAUUCCUCCAGGGCCUAAACCUGUACCAAUCUUAGGGAAUUUGCCACAUCUGGGAGAUUUACCUCAUCAUACGUUGGCUAAUCUAGCCAAAACAUACGGCCCCUUAAUCCCUUUAUCUACAGGCAAUAGUGAAAGAGACAUUAAGGAUGCACCCACCGACUGUAUUUCUGCUACCACGUAAAGCAAGCAAUGAUGUUGAAUUAUAUGGUUACAUUGUGCCUAAAAAUGCACAAGUAUUCGUUAACCUUUUGGCUAUUUCACGAGAUCCCAACCAUUGGAAAAAUCCAGAUAUGUUUUUACCUGAGAGAUUUUUAGAGCACGAAAUUGAUCUGAAAGGACAAGAUUUUGGACUUGUACCUUUUGGAACAGGAAGAAGGGCAUGUCCUGGUGAUACAUUAGCACUUCGAAUGUUGAAUCUUAUGUUGGGGAGUCUUCUUCAAGGUUUUAAUUGGAAAAUUGGAGAUGGUUUAAAGCCAGAAGAUUUGGAUAUGAAUGAUAAGUUUGGGAUUACUAUACAAAAAGCUAUACCUCUCCGUGUUAUUCCAAUCUCGAAAUAAUGAUGGUGAAGUUUAAAGAGAAGCAACAAAAGAAUAGGUUAUUUCAAAUAAGGAGAGUUGGUUCAUUUCCUACUUGAUUGUAUCUAGAUUUCAUCAUAGGAUUUGUGUUUCAAUUUUCAAAUAUGAAU